AUGAACAAAACCCUAGACCUUCAUGCUCUCAUCGCCCAGCUCCAGCGCUCCUCCCUCUCCACCGCCCUCCGUCUCCACGCCCGCCUCCUCGUCUCCGGCCUCCAUUCCUCCCCCUUCGCCAUCUCCGCCCUCAUCUCCCUCUACUCCAACCUCUCCCUCCCUUCCCUCUCUUACUCCGUCUUCCUCUCCUCCUCCCUCCCCCAUCACCCACCUUCCCUCUUCGUCCACAACUCCCUCAUCUCUGCUCUCUCCUCCAACUCCCUCCCCUCCCUUGCCCUUCACCACUUCCACCUCCUCCACUCCCACCCUGUUCUCCGCCCUGACCGCUUCUCCUUCCCCUGCGCCAUCCGCUCUUGCGCCGACCUCGCCGCCUUCGAACAUCUCCUCGCGAUCCAUGCGGUUCUCUUCAAGUCCUGUCUCGAAACUGAUGUCUUUAUCUCCAGCGCUCUCAUCCAUGCUUAUCUUAAGUUCGGCCUUGUCGCUGACGCUGAGAAGGUGUUUGGUGAAUUGCCUGAGAGAGAUGUUGUGUUAUGGAAUGCGAUGGUUAAUGGAUUCUCGCAGCUUGGAGAUUUCCCUCGUGCAAUUGAGUUUUUUGAUCGGAUGCUGCGCGAGGGAGUUCCGUUGAGUCGGUUCACCAUUACUGGAGUGUUGUCUGUGUUCACAACCACCGGCGAUUUACUCCAUGGCAGGAUGAUCCAUGGAUUUGCACUUAAGGUCGGGUAUGAUGAUGGGAAUGCAGUGUGCAAUGCGUUGAUUGAUUUGUAUGGGAAAUGUGAAGUUUCAGAGGAUGCAGUGAAGGUGUUUGAUUUAAUGCCUGAAAGAGAUAUCUACUCAUGGAAUGCAAUGAUCUCGGCGCACGAAAACUCUGGAGACCAUGCCAAAAGCUUAAGACUCUUUGCAGUGAUGCGGCUCAAUGGGGUCUGGCCAGAUGCCGUCAGUAUGGCAACGGCCCUCCCUGCAUGUUCACAGAUCGCUGCACUAUCCCACGGGAGGGAAAUCCAUGCGCUUAUGGUCGUAAUGGGAAUCGCAGGAGAGGCUGUGUUUGUUGACAACGCCCUCAUGGACAUGUAUGGAAAAAGUGGUUCAUUGGAUGAUGCAAAGAGACUGUUUGAUAAAAUGCCACAGCGGGACACAGCAUCAUGGAACAUCCUGAUUGCAGCACAUGCGGCGCAUGGGUUAGCACAGGAAGCAUUGAAGCUGUUUGAACGGAUGUGUGAGACUGGGGUGGAGCCAGAUGCAGUGACAUUUGUUGGAGUUUUGACAGCAUGUAGCCAUGCUGGGUUGGUGAGUGAGGGGAAGAAGGUGAUGGAGAGGAUGAAAGGGGAGUUUGGAGUGGAGCCGGAGAUGGAGCACUAUGUGUGUGCAGUGGAUAUGCUGGGGCGGGCGGGAAGGUUGGAGGAGGCGAAGGAGUUGGCAGAGAGGGCUGGGGAGGUGGCAGCAUGGAGGGCUUAUUUGUGGGCGAGCGGGGAGGAGGUGGGGAGGGUGGAGGAGGUGGUAGAGAGGGUGGUGGGGAGGGACGAGGGGGAAGUGGGGGUUGGGUGUUGGUGGCAAAUGCAUAUGGGAGGGCGGGGAGGUAUAGGGAGGUGGAGAAGAUGA